CCAUCACCCUGUGUCCCCCGUGUGGUCAGCAGCAGUGGCGAAGUUUGAAACCCCAAUUAAAAACCGAGAAAAGAAAAAAAGAAGAAGAGAGGAAUACUACUUGUAUGAAACAGCGACGGCCAUUACCUUACCCGGUUCAAUUCAACGCAGUCACAUGUCGCUUAUUAGGCCUUAAAUAACCUCCGGUUUAGCACUCAAAAACUUUAUCCUUUUUUUUCUAAACUCUCAUCUCACUUCGUCAGUUCGUCCCUCUCACUUUCUUCUUUCUAUCUUGCCACUGGAAUUGGCGAGACGGAGUAGCAGCGGUAGCUGAGGCGGAGACGCAGCUAGCACAUGAGGAUUCGUCCUCCCGCCUCGUCCUCGUCGUAGCUCCCCUUGUUCUUCCAUGAUUCUCGAAGGCGUGCCAUGUCUCCCCUGCUUCUUGGAUUCCUCUGCUUACUCCUCUUCGCAGGUCAGGUGGCGGUGGUAGCCAGCGACGACGACAGGGAGGUGCUCGUCGAGCUGAAGAGGUUUCUUCAGGCGAACAACAGGUUCAACCGGGGGGAGUAUGACCGGUGGCCGGAGUCCGACGCGUCGCCGUGCCGGUGGGCCGGCGUGACCUGCGACGGGCGCGGCCGCGUCACGGCGCUCGACCUCUCCGGCUCGGCCAUCAGCGGCGCCGCGUUCGGCAACUUCUCCCGGCUCACGGCGCUCACGUGGCUCGACCUCUCCGACAACGGCAUCGGCGGCGAGCUCCCCGCCGGCGACCUCGCCCAAUGCCGCGGCCUCGUGCACCUCAACCUGUCGCACAACCUCAUCGCCGGGGGGCUCGACGUCUCCGGCCUGACCAAGCUGCGCACGCUCGACGUGUCCGGGAACCGGUUCGUGGGCGGCGCCGCGGCGAGCUUCGUCCCGGCGGCGUGCGGCGACCUCGCCGUGCUCAACGUCUCCGGCAACGGCUUCACCGGCGACAUCACCGGCCUCUUCGACGGCUGCCCCAAGCUCGAGUACAUCGACCUCAGCACCAACAACUUCACUGGCGAGCUAUGGCCGGGCAUCGCGAGGUUCACGCAGUUCAACGUCGCCGAGAACAACCUCACCGGCGGCGUCCCGGCAGCCACGUUCCCCGGCGGCUGCAAGCUCAGGUCUCUAGACCUCUCCGCGAACCACUUCGCCGGAGAAUUCCCGGACUCCAUCGCAAGCUGCUCGAACCUGACGUACCUGUCGCUGUGGGGGAACGGUUUCGCCGGCAAGAUAUCCGCCGGGAUCGGGGAGCUCGCCGGACUCGAGACGCUGAUCCUUGGUAAGAACCGAUUCGAUCGCCGGAUUCCGCCGGAGCUGACGAACUGCACGUCGCUGCAGUUCUUGGACAUGAGCACCAACGCGUUCGGCGGCGACAUGCAGGGGAUCCUCGGCGAGUUCGUGACGUUGAAGUACCUCGUGUUGCACCACAACAACUACACCGGCGGCAUCGUCUCCUCCGGCGUGCUCCGGCUGCCGCUGCUCGCAAGGCUCGACCUCAGCUUCAACCAGUUCUCCGGCGAGCUCCCCCUCGAGGUGGCCGACAUGAAGAGCCUCAAGUACCUGAUGCUCCCGGCGAAUAGCUUCUCCGGUGGGAUCCCGCCGGAGUACGGCCGCCUCGCCGAGCUCCAGGCGCUGGACUUGUCGUACAACGGCCUCACCGGCAGGAUACCGGCGAGCAUCGGGAACCUCACGUCGCUGCUCUGGCUGAUGCUCGCCGGGAACCAGCUCUCCGGCGAGAUACCGCCGGAGAUCGGCAACUGCAGCAGCUUGCUCUGGCUGAACCUGGCCGACAACCGGUUGACCGGCAGGAUCCCGCCGGAGAUGGCAGAGAUAGGGAGGAACCCCGCGCCGACGUUCGAGAAGAACCGGAAGGAUGUCAGCGUGCUCGCCGGCUCCGGCGAGUGCCAGGCCAUGAGGCGGUGGAUUCCGGCGACCUACCCGCCGUUCAACUUCGUGUACACGGUGAUGACGCGGGAGAAUUGCCGCAGCAUAUGGGAUCGCCUCCUCAAGGGCUACGGGAUCAUCCCGAUCUGCACCAACUCGUCGUCGCCGGUGAGGUCGAACACGAUCUCCGGCUACGUGCAGCUCUCCGGCAACAAGCUCUCCGGCGAGAUACCAUCCCAGAUCGGCGCAAUGCGGAACCUCAGCCUGCUCCACCUCGACAACAACCAGCUCACGGGCCGGCUGCCGCCGGCGAUCAGCCACCUGCCGCUCGUCGUGCUGAACGUCUCGAACAACAGCAUCUCCGGCGGGAUCCCGCCGGAGAUCGGCCACAUCCUGUGCCUCGAGAUACUCGACCUGGCGUACAACAACUUCUCCGGCGAGCUCCCGGCGAGCCUCGGCAACCUGACCGGCCUGAACAAGUUCAACGUGUCGUACAACCCGCUCCUCUCCGGCGACGUCCCGACCACCGGCCAGCUCGGGACCUUCGACGAGCUCUCCUUCCUCGGCGACCCCCUCAUCACGUUGCAGGAUCGAGGCCCUCGCCGGCAGAGAGCGCCACAGGCCGCCAUUAGAGGGCGCGGGAUGUCUCCGAGAACCAUCGCGCUGUGGUUCGUCUUCUCCCUCAUCAUCGCCUUCAUCGCCGGCACGGUGGUGUUCAUCAUGGCCAACCUGCGGGCGAGGUUUCCGGUGGACCAGGACCCGGACCCCGAGUCGCUCUCCUGCGAGAACCCCAAGUGCGGCGGCGGCGGCGGCGGCGGAGGCAAGUGCGGCGCGUUCCAUAUGUCGGCCACGUCGUCGCCGCCGUCCGGGUGCUCGUCGUCGUGCGUGACGGGUUGCUCGUCGUCGUCGGAGGGGGUGAAGGUGUUCAGGCUCGACAAGACGGCGUUCACGUACCGCGACAUCGUGGCGGCGACCAGCGGCUUCUCCGACGACCGCGUGGUCGGGCGUGGCGGCUACGGCGUGGUGUACCGCGGCGUGCUCCCCGACGGCCGCGACGUGGCGGUCAAGAAGCUCGCGAGGCUCCGCGACUGCGGCGGCGGCGGCGGCGGCGAGGACAGCGGCGAGCGCGAGUUCCGCGCCGAGAUGGAGGUGCUCGCCGACCGGAUGGGGUUCACGUGGCCGCACCCGAACCUGGUCACGCUCUACGGCUGGUGCCUCGCCGGCUCGGCCAAGAUCCUGGUCUACGAGUACCUCGACGGCGGCAACCUGGAGUCCCUCAUCGGCGACCACGCCGCGUUCGGGCGGCGGCGGCGGCUGGACGCGGCCAUCGGCGUGGCGCGCGCGCUGGUGUUCCUGCACCACGAGUGCCGCCCCGCCGUGGUGCACCGCGACGUGAAGGCCAGCAACGUGCUCCUCGGCCGCGACGGCGGCGUCAAGGUGACGGACUUCGGGCUGGCCAGGGUGGUCCGCCCCGGCGACACCCACGUCAGCACGAUGGUGGCCGGCACGGUGGGGUACGUGGCGCCGGAGUACGGGCAGACGUGGCGCGCCACGACCAAGGGCGACGUGUACAGCUACGGCGUGCUGCUCAUGGAGCUCGCCACGGGGCGGCGCGCCGUCGACGGCGGCGAGGAGGAGUGCCUGGUCGAGUGGAGCCGGAGGAUGGCCCAGGAGGGGUGGCCGGCGAGGGAGGCGGCGGCGUCGAGCGGCGCGGUGCUCUGGGACAUGCUCAUGCUCGGCAUGCGGUGCACCGCCGACUCGCCGCAGGAGCGGCCGGACAUGCCGGACGUGCUCGCCGCCUUACUCGACAUCGCCGGGUCCGGCGGCGGCGGCGAGUAAGCAAACAAGCUCACAUAGUCAACGUAGGUGUAGAUAAAAAAAUCUCACCAACAAACAAUUCUUCUUUUUUUCUUCGUACAAAAUUUUGUUUCCAAAAUCUCUUUUUUUUCCCUUUAAUUUUAGCCCCAAUUCUUGAUGUGAAUAACACAAGUAGGAUCAUCAAAAGAGAAGCAAAUUUUGGUUGUAUCCAUCACAUUCUCCCCCACAAUGUAAAUGCAUUCAAUAGUUCAAGCACAACAAUCUUUUUUUUCU